UCUUCUCCCACCUUGACCAAUCAAGGGUCCGUCAUGCCUUUCUCCAAUGGCAGCCGAUUGGAUCAAGGACUCAAGCUUCCACUGAUUCAGUCACCAGACAGCUUUGGACAGAAGUUAUCUUCCCCACAUUCUGCAGAUUCUCCAGAAAUUAGUAAGAAAGCAGUUGGAUUCAAAAGGAAGAGAAGCAAUAACAGGAUUGAAGAGAAGCAGAAAGAAGUAAUCCAUGUCAGGGCAAAAAGAGGUCAAGCUACUGAUAGUCACAGUUUAGCAGAACGGGUGAGAAGAGAGAAGAUCAAUGAAAAGCUAAGAUGCUUGCAGGACUUGGUUCCAGGAUGUUACAAGGCAAUGGGAAUGGCAGUUAUGUUAGAUGUGAUCAUAAACUACGUUCUGUCACUACAGCAACAGAUUGAGUUUCUCUCCAUGAAGCUCUCAGCAGCAAGCAUGUGUUUUGAUUUCAACACCUACGAGAUGAAUACCAUCCAAACCAUGCAGAGAAGUCCUAGCACAGAUAGAGUCCAAGGGAUGGAAAGGAUGGAAGGAGAAGGUUAUCAAGGCUUUGCUUAUUGGAACCCUACAUGGCCGCUUCAGUAGAAGAAGAAGAAAGUCUUUGGUUCUGCUGGAAGCAUCCUUUUUUUCAUACACAUAAAUUAGUUGGAUUACUGUUAAGAUGAAACUCUGUAAAACAAAUAUUGCAUUGCAGGUA